AUGAAUACCACAGGCACAGGAGGUCUUGUUGAUGAUGAAACAGCUGCCUCAGAUGGCAAUGGCACAAAAUAUGUGUAUUGUGUCAACAAUUUUGGGCAUACCCUCUUUAACCAAAUGAAUGUGACCUUCAAAGGCGUAUUGAUGACGGAGCAAAGCAAUGCCUAUCACCAGAAAGCCUACGUAGAAACAUUGUUGAAUUACAAUCGUGAAGAAGGAAAAAGUACCCUGGCUGCUCAAGGAUGGGUCAAUGAACUGAAUGUCCGUGCUUCAUUAACCCCUACCAAUGCUGGUACUAAUGAUAAACCCAAUCCCAAUAACUGGGAUGGAAAAACAGGGCUCAAAGCCUUAACCCGCCGUUUUCUAGGCAAUGCGUAUCAUACCUUUAUGAUCAAACCUCAUGUGUCCGUGUUCAGAACAGGCAAAUAUCUGGUGCCAGGGGUUCAAAUUGAUCUAGAACUCUAUGUGAACGACAGUAACAUGUUUCUCUUUGGAACACCAGACACGACCACCUCCGUAGGCAAAACGAUUCCCACCUUAGGAGAAAAUGACAUCUUUGUCACUCUCUGGAUGAAAAAAGUCACUCUCAAUGCCUCCGUGUAUACCAGACUGCCGAAAGAGCGAAGUCUGAGUAAAACCAAGAAAGUGUAA